CAGUAAGGAGGCGUAACUUUGUCGAGAACGAAAGUGAAAGCUCCACUUUUGGAACGCGAGUUGUUUUACCGAUGAAGAAGAAUGGGCUUGUAUUUAAAACUCUUUAUUUACGUCUUUCUACUUAGAGAUAUCCAGAGUGCAGAUCAGAUUUCCUGGCUGCCCUGUAGAUUCACUGAUGAAGAAGUUUCAGCGAACACUAAAGGCUACUUUGAUACAAAACACCACCCCAGACCGGCCGCCCUGCAGUUUGGACUGAAAGGAGACCCUCCAGUGGACCCAGACAUUGUUACCUUUCUCAUCACACCAUCAAAGUUGGAUUUGCGUCAUUUGCUGGUGGGUGCAGUGGUGGAGCAGUUAUCCUGUGUGCUGCACCGUUACAGCACAGACGGGUCCCUCAUUCGCUGGCCUGUCAAAGGGGAGCACCUGCACAACCGCUGGUUCAGUGUCAACAUCUCUCACUCCAACCAUCUGUUUCAAAUCACCAGCUUCAUCAGACAGUCCACUGACCAGCCCCCCACCGGACAGCACGACUUCAAGAGCUGGCCGGUCAUACAGGACAAAGAGAUCCUCACUACAACAGUGGUGAUGAUGAUACAGACCCAGACUCCAGUGGUGAAAUCUUUAUUAAAUUCGAAUCCCAAACUACACUGCCAGUUCUACAUUGACCACAAAGCUCCUAGAGUGACUGUGGAGUGGAAAAAAAUCCACAACAAUGUCCCUCUGUUCAGCCACGAGAGCCCAUCAGGACAGACCCAAGGCUCAGGGGUGGAGUUAAAACAACUGGCUGCAGGGGGCGCCACCUACACCACUCCUCUCACUAAAGUGGGCAGUGAAGGCAAAUACUUUUGCUCUGUGCAUGUGCAUCCUCUGCUGGGGAGUGUCACCGUGGAUCUGAAAAUAGAAGCACCUCCCCAUGUUUCCUUGAACGUGGCUCCCACACUGACAAUAUCUGAAGAUAGUGAGAGGAGAGUGGAGUGCAGGGCAGAUGGGUACUACCCGCUGGACGUGGACAUCCAGUGGUCCCAUAAGGGCAGCACGGAGGUGGGCCCGCGGGUGGACACUGCCCAGCUCUCCGGUCACUCCCCUAACCCUGACGGCACAUACAGCCUGUUCGCCUUCUUCUAUCUGAAGCCAAAACGCUCUGACUCAGGGAGGAAGUUCACUUGCACUGUGUCUCACCGCGCCCUGCCAGCCCCCAUCACCAAAACAUUCACCCUCCAUGUUACAGAGCCAGGUCAGUGGAUACUUUACUUCAAUGUUUUCACUCUGAUGGUUGUAAUGUUCCUGAUACUACGAUAUAUAUGCAGAGGGAGAAGAUAUCGGUUAUUUUUCUAACUGCAGGAUCCAGGUUUGCGUCCAGAGAAAGACAAAGUUUACAAAGCAGCUUCUUUAACUAGAGAAGUCUGCCCCAGCUUUUCACCUACUUGUGUGUGUGUGUGUUUAGAUAUGCUUUUUUGUUUUCAAGAUUUUGCACUUCUUAUUCAAACUGCUUUAUGUAACGUUUCUGGUGGAGGGUCCACCACCACCUGUUUGUCUCCAUGAAUAUGCCAUUGCUUUGCUUUUGAGACAACCUCACUGUAAAUAAAUAAAAAUAAAUGUCAUGCUGUAUAAUGUCUUAGAAAAAGACAUAGCUUCUCCAUGGAGACCAGCAAAUGACACACCCUCCACCAGAAAGGUUACAUAGUGCACCUUUAAGUACUUGAUAGCAUUUUUGUUUUUGUUGUUUUGGGUUUUUUUCAGGGAGGUUUUUCUUGCAGACUUUAGUGAGGUAAAAUUACUUGAUAUUCAACACAAUGAUUUGCUCCGAUUGUAGAUAUGUUCAAAAUGUGAUGUGAACAAACAGUAACUGCCCUUAUGAUAGAUUCACAAAACUGUCUAUAAUUUUGUUACCUCCUCAAAAACAGACCUGGAGUUGUGUUUUGUUUCUUUCACACAUGUUUGAGUAAUCUUUUAUUAUUAGUCUGUCUACAUCUCUUUAACCUUUUGUUGAAUAGAAUGGCGAUUCCAGAGACGACAUUAUCCAAAUGAUU